AGGAAGAGAAGUAAACAUAACCUUGAAAGUUUAAUAUUUUUGAUUUUAAUGAUUAUUAUAGGUGAUGAUUUAUGAUUUUCAUUAUUCGUUAUUUAUAAUUAAUGGAAUUAAUUUAUCCGGAAAUUCAAAAAAUAUAUUUAUAUUUCAGGUAAAAUACAAUGUUUUCUGUACGUUUGGUAAUUGCAGAUAGUUAUCAAGCUUCACCACUUAUUCCAUUUGAUUUAUCAGUCUCAGAAUUUCGAAAUUCGAGGAUUAAAAAUGUUCCAACAAUUAGAGUCUUUGGCUCCACUCUUACAGGUGAAAAAGUUUGUUUACACAUUCACGGUGUAUUUCCCUACAUUUAUGUGCCUUACGUUGGCGGAGACGAUCCAGAAGAUUUUGCACAUCGUUUAGCGAAAGCUUUGGAUUACACCAUUAAUGUUUCACUUGGUUCUGCUGGAUCAGACACUCAACAUGUUUAUAAAAUUCAUCAAGUUAAAGGCGUACCCUUCUAUGGCUAUCACGAAAGGCUUCAUCACUAUUUUAAAAUUUAUUUUUAUAAUCCAUCAAUGACUAAAAGAGCAGCGGAAUUAUUACAGAAUGGCUCAGUACUUGAUCAAACACUUCAACCGCACGAGGCGCACAUUCCUUUCAUUCUGCAAUUUAUGAUUGAUUACAAUAUAUACGGAAUGAGUCUUAUAAAUUUGAAAGACGUUAAAUACCGUCAGGCGAAUCGCCGUGGACCGGAUGGCAAAUUAAGGACCGAAUCUCUCACUGCAGAUUAUAAGACCAGAGACUAUUUACCACCCACUGUGAAGAGACAGAGUAUUUGUGAAAUUGAAGUCGACGCCUGGGCAUCUGACAUUUUGAAUAAGGAGGCCAUUCAAAAGGGCUUGGACGUAAAUCCCGGUUUGGCGGCAAUUUGGAGUGAGGAGAAGGCCCGGAGAAUGUUAGCCGGAUUCGAGGGUGGUGAUUCACAAUUAGGACCACCGAAGAGUCCGAUAAGAAGAAAUUUGCCACCAACCGUUAAUGAUUUACUCCAAAUGCAACGAUUUCAUCGGAAACUUAUGUUCAUCACUCAAAGUGAGGAGAAUUCAGAAACCUUUCAUUCUUCUGGUUCUUCACUGUAUCCAGUUGAAAUUGAUGAUAAAUUCAAUUUACUCGAUGCCUCUCAUCUCGAAAGACACGUGGGUCCGAAAAAUAACAAGAAAAUAGUGAACGAUUUAUCUACGUCGUCAGACACUGAUUUGUCAUUGCAUUUUGAUCAAUCGGAGGAAUUACGAGUCAGUGUUGAAAAAUCGUCGGCGGAAGAAUUUCAAAAUGCGACUCUUGAUCAGAGUAUUUUUGACAUUGACGAUGUGCCACUUGUGGAUAUUCUGGAGCAGUUGGCCGAAAAACACAAUGUAGAUGAACAAGUCGAUAAUGACAGUAUUUUAGGAUCGUAUUGUUCGGCAGUUACCAAUGAUUAUAAAAGUGACGAAGAUGUUGAACCCGAAGUUCCUGAUUUGAAUCUCACAGCUCUGGAAAUUGAUAAUUUGAGUUUAAAUCCAAAUUCGACGCCCUCUUCGGGUAAAUCCAGACUUUCUUUAUCACCAGGAAAUUUUAAUACCGAAAUCAAUAAAAGGAAUGAAACAAAAAGUCAAAAUUCCCUCAAUAUUCCUCAAUUUGAUGGUGCAAAUGAUUUGCCAAAAAAAAGAAAUUCCAGUACCGAAAGAAAUACGGACUCAAAAAAGAAGAGAAAAAUACACAAAGGAAAAGAAAGUUCUCAUUGUUUGAACAGGAGAUUAAAUUUUCCCGACAGUGAAUUAAAAAGAUCAAGUUCGAGUGAAAGUGUUUCCGAACUAGAUCGCACUAUUGUUCCCAAUAACGAUAAUUUCAUAAUAUCGGAAACUAGCGACAGUGCUGAAAAUAAAAACAACGAUUUAACUCUAGUUGUUGAGGAAAAAUUAAUAUGCAAUUACAAAGGUAACAAAAAGAACGUCAUUGUUAGUCGUAAGGAAAAUUUGCAAAGUCCAAAACGGACGUCAAAAAGUCCAAGAAAAUUGUUAAAAAGCCCGAGUCGGAGGAGUCCGAGAAAAUCUCUGAAUAGUCCUCGACGAAAUUAUUCAUCGUUAAAUAUAAUCGUCACACCAUCGAAACGAAGAAAAGAACUCAAUAAACUCUCUCAGGAAAUCCCUUUAAAUGAUGAUUCCAGUGCCGAUGCAGAAGAUGAAACUCACUAUUUCUCUCAAAAAAAUUCUAGAGAAAAUACUCGAAAAAUUGAGGCGAGUAAUUCAAAAGGAAGUAAGAAUUUGUCCGAAAAUUACAAUAUUCCUGGACCGAGUAAAAAAUCCCCCGAUUCUGAUGAAGAUCUACUUUUUUCACCAACUCCUCCAGAAGAAAAGAAAAAAAGUCAAGAAACAAAUUUAAAAAAACCAACUUCACCAGCAGAAGAGAAAGAAACUCGAGAAACAAAUUUUAAAAAAAACAACUUAAAUUCUCAAACAGAAAAAAACGAUAAAUUCGUAUCUAAAAUAUCUCUAUUUCGCAGAAGUUCUUUACGAAAGUUGAAUAUAGAAAAAAGUUGGAUCAACAAAACAAAUUCAUCAAGUGUCUCUGAAAAUAAUUUGAAUACACGAGAAACAGAAAAGAAAGACAGUGAGACUUUCUUUUCUACUGAAACUCAUGAAUCUCCAGUACAAAAAUCACAGUUUGAACAAAUUUCUUCCCAAGAAUUAAAUUCAAGGGAAAAGAAACCCGACAAAGUUGAAAAAUCUAAAGAAACGAAGGAAUCUUUAAUGGAUAAAUCCUUUUUUUCCCAAAAUAUUCUCAAUAAAAAGUCGAAAUCGAAAAAAGUCGAAAUAAUUGAAAUUAAUUCCGAAGAUAACAAAAGUGAUGUUGAACUAUUCGUGACAGAAAGUUCCGAAGAAAUUCCCAAAGAGAAGAGAGAGACAAGUUUCCAAAGGAGAGAAUUGGAAUCAAAAGAAACACCAAAUGAGAUGAAUUCAUCUUUUAGUGGAAAGUACAAAAAAUUUAAAGACGAAGAUUUGAACAAAAAUAUACAAAGUGAUGACAAUUGGUCCUUCUCACAAAAUUCCGCCGAUGACGAAUCAAGUAAAGGAUCGUUUCCUUUAGCCCAAAAACCAAAAUUAAGUUCGCAAACUGAAACAAAUUCAUCACUCGAAUUGGACAAAAAAUCAAAUAUUUCCCCCCUCAUUGAAGAUGAAAAAAUCUAUCAAGUUGAAACUGAUUCUUCCGAUUUUGAAGAAGACUUGGAAAUUUUAUUAAAAAAUGUUUCAUAUUCACAAAAUUCGGAAAAUUGGAAUAAUUUGUCAACAACCGAAGAGAAGAGGAAACAAUUAGAAGAAAUAAUUGAAGAUCAGAAUACAUCAAGUGACGAUACGAUAGUAGCAGAAGAUUUCAAUUUGAACAUCGAGGAAGAAAUAAAUAACCAAGUAUGUGACGUAAAAAAAUUACUCACCGUAACUUUCACCGAAUUCACGAAUCAAGAACUUAAUUCUACUUGUAGAUCCAGAAAGUCGAUAUUGAGUCUGGAUCCCAAUCGUCUGAUAUCAAUAACACCGAGAUUUUCUCCACCAACUCGAGAGGAUAUUCUCGACACUAUGAAUAUUUACAGUAUUCCCUCUUGCAGAAAUCAAGAACCAUUUUACAGUAAUCGAAACGAUAUUCGCCAGCACAAGGACACGGCACAUCAGAUUAUAAACAAAAAGGACAUUUCCGAAUUUCCCUCUUUCAAGUCACAGAUCGGUGGCGUCGUCGGUAUCAAAUUAUGGCGACGAAUGAAAGUCAAUGAAUUUCACUCUUUCCAUGGAAAACUAAACUCUGCGAAUAUUAAGAAAAGUCUGGCCGAGAGGCGUUUGAUAACCGUCACUCCUCUUUAUUUACCGCCAGACAGAAAAAUGGUCACCAAUUGGAUUAAGAGUCGAAAACGGUCGAAACGCAAAGAUGAUAAAAUUUUGGAAAAGAGUAAUAAAAAUAAUUGUGAAAGUGAUAAGAAUCAGGAUAAUGGGAAAGUCGAUGAGGGAGAAGAAAAAAUUGGGGCAGACAAUGUAGAAGGGAUCAAGAGUGGGAACGAAAAUAGUGAAAAUAGUGAAAAUAAGGAAAAAGACGGUUUGAAAGUAAAUCAACACUUGGAUUUCUCUUCGUUGGCAAAAGAACUAAAUAUUUCUGAGGGAAAAUCACGUGAUAGUAUUAGCAAUGAUUCUUCGUUAUGCAGUACUUUGAGACCUUCGGAAAUUUUUACUAAUCGGAAAAAAGGUGACAAGAAUCACAGAGGUGUCUCUAUUGGACAGAUUGAUUUUUCCAUGGACGAAACCAAAUUCGAAACUGAUGUUGCUAAUCAAAAUUUGCAAAAUGCUAAAGCUAUAACAACAUAUCAGUACCUGACAAUAUUGUGCGUCGAAACUCACAUUACCACGCGCAAUGAUCUUCUUCCCGAUCCUCGACACGAUCAAAUCGAAGCAAUAUUUUAUGUCAUCCACAAUGAUGUUCCACCUGAUUCAAAAGUCAAACGUUUGGAACAAGGUGCCAUAAUAGUUGAUGUGAAUGAAUCCGGAAAUUUACGGGGACUAUAUCCGGAAUGUAAAAUUACCUACGUAACGUGUGAAGCGGAUUUGUUUUGUAAUAUUAUUUCCCUGAUAAGCGAAUGCAAUCCGGAUAUUUUAAUUGGCUGGGAAUUGGAGACACUCUCGUGGGGAUACAUUUUCCAAAGAGCUGGAUAUUUAGGAACAAAUUUGCCAUCAACGAUAUCACGAAUACCUGGAAGUAAAUGCUCUUGGGAGUCACAUGCAUUGGAUUUGGAAGCUCUAGCUGCUGAAAUUAAAUUACCCGGACGAAUUGUUCUUGACAUUUGGCGUAUAAUGAGACACGAAAUUGCUCUUUUGAGUUACACUUUUGAAAAUGUCAUGUUCCACGUGAUGCGGAAAAGAUUAGCUUGCCCUUCUUUCAAAACGCUAGCAAAGUGGUGGUUCUCAAAAAUUCCCUGUUUACGUUGGCGGGUCAUGGAUUUUUACGUGAAGAAAAAUUUAGGAACACUGGAACUUCUCGAGCAACUUGACAUUAUUGGUAGAACCUGCGAACACGCUCGUCUUUUUGGAAUCCAAUUUUUCGAAGUCUUCUCCCGUGGCUCGCAAUUUCGGGUCGAGUCAAUGAUGUUGAGAUUGGCAAAGCCACUGAAUUACAUUCUCGUCUCGCCGUCAGUGAGACAAAGGGCAGCAAUGCGAGCUCCAGAAGCUCUGCCAUUAAUUAUGGAACCAAUUUCGACAUUCUACAGUGAUCCAGUUGUGGUUCUCGAUUUUCAGAGUCUCUAUCCCAGUAUUAUAAUUGCGUACAAUUAUUGCUUCUCAACGUGUUUGGGGCGCGUGGAACAUUUGGGACAACAAGAUCCAUUCGAAUUUGGUUGCACGACACUGAAAGUGACAAAGAAAACGGCUUUGAAACUUGAGGGAAAAAUUAACUUCUCUCCAGUUGGCAUUGGUUUCGUGAAAUCGGAAAUUCGCAAGGGUGUUCUACCGCGAAUGUUGAAUGAAAUUUUAAAUACACGUUUAAUGGUGAAGAAGGCCAUGAAGGAUCAUCCGAAAAACGAUCGUCCUUUGCAGCAGGUUCUUCAUAACAGACAAUUGGGUUUGAAAUUAAUCGCUAAUGUCACUUAUGGUUAUACGUCGGCGAAUUUCAGCGGAAGAAUGUCAUGCAUUGAGGUUGCAGACAGCGUUGUCAGUAAAGGAAAGGAGACACUUCAGCGUGCAAUAAAAAUGGUGGAAGACACACCAAAGUGGGGAGCUCGUGUUGUUUACGGCGAUACUGAUUCAUUAUUUAUACUACUACACGGAAAAUCAAGAAAUGAGGCAUUUAAAAUUGGAGCUGAAAUUGCCGACGCUGUCACAGCUGCAAAUCCAACGCCAGUCAAGUUGAAAUUUGAAAAAGUUCUCCAUCCCUGCAUUUUACAGACAAAGAAACGAUAUUGCGGUUAUUCGUAUGAAACGAUUGAUAAUGAAAAACCGGAAUAUCUGGCUAAAGGCAUCGAGACUGUUCGUCGUGACGGUUGUCCAGCGUCUGCAAAGAUUUUAGAAAAAACACUUAAAAUUCUCUUCGACACGAAGGAUUUAUCUCAAGUAAAACAAUACGUAACGCGUCAAUUGGACAAAGUGUUUCGAGGAACAGUGUCAAUUCAGGAUUUAACGUUUGCCAGAGAAUUUCGAGGUUUGAGAGGAUACAGUAAAAAUGCCUGUGUACCGGCUCUGGAAUUAACUCGUCGUUUGAUGAAAAAAGAUCCUCGAAAUGUUCCCAGGACUAGUGAAAGAGUUCCCUAUAUUAUUGUCGCUGGAGCGCCUAACGAGGCUCUUAUUCAUUCAGUUCGAUCGCCAAAAGAAUUAUUAAACGAUCCAAGUUUACGUCCUAAUGCCAUUUAUUACAUAACAAGAGUAAUUAUUCCACCGCUCAAUCGUUGCUUGAAUCUCCUAGGCGCAGACGUCCAUAUUUGGUUCAGAGAUAUGCCCCAUCGUGAAGUUCUGAGUAAAGUAUCUUUCUUGCCGAAUGAUAGACAGAAGGCAACAAUCUCGCAAUUUUUUAGCGCACAUGUCUGUUUAUCUUGUGGAAAUUCAUCCGAGAGCAACGUUUGCAAACAAUGUGUUGAACAAUCAUGCAGAACAAUUAUUAUUCUCCAUGAGAAACUUGGUUGCUUGGAAAAGAAUUUAUUUAAUGUCGAUGUGAUAUGCAGAUCAUGUACAGGUCAAUUGGGCAUUGCAGAUUGUGAAUCAUUAGAUUGCCCUGUUACUUAUCGUCGUUCACAAGUAGAAAGAGAAUUUGCAUUGGUUCCCACAUUAAGGAAAAUUAUCGAUGAUUGGGAAAUUUAAAAGAGAAAUUAUUUGUAAAUAUAUGAGUUUCUUUUAAUCUCGCUUUCAAUUAACAUCAAUUAUGAGAUAACUAUUAGGGCAAUAUAAUUAUAAUUAUCUUUAUUUUUUCUAAGUCAACUAUUUUUAUUUCUUUUUGCUUGUUUUUGCUUGUUUUUGCUCUUGAAGCGAUAGAUGAUGAAUUAUUUUUUAUACUUUCAAGUUCGUCUUCAUGCGGCUGUGUGUACAAAUGUACAUUUAUUGAUUAUGAAAUUAUUUUUAUAGGUAAUAUAUAUUAUACAUAAAUUUUUAUAAUUAUAUGAAUAAUAAAUAAAAGGCUGAUAUUUUUGAAGCAAGUAAAUAAGAAUUAGCACCGUUAUUUGUUAUUUCUAACAAAAAUAUUAGAAAUUACAACCUAGUCGUAAAAGAUAAAAAUUAAUAAUUUUGAGGUUAUGUUUCUUGUUUUGGAUUAUGCAAUCAAUUUCUAUUGUUAAUGUCCGAUUUUUCAAAAGAAUUGUAAAAAUUUUCAUUUGUGACGUUUUUAAAUUAUUAUUACUUUGAAUAAAUUUCGAUCGGUUUUUAAUAAAGAAAUAUUGAUGUAAACUUAAAUCGAUGAGAUAUUUUCG